AUGCUACGAGCGACUAGCCGCCGACUUGCAGCCACGGGAUUGGCCUCGUCGCGGAGCUACUCCAGACUCGCAGCUGCAGCCACCGCGCCCACAUGCAGACCUGCUGCCAUUGUUCCCCCGCAGCUCGCCUCGAACCAUUCUCUCUCUUCCCUCCAACAACGAGGUUUCCGCACCACCACCCUCAGAAUGGCUUCUACCCGCUCCGAAAGCGACGCCUUUGGCGAGAUCCAAGUUCCUAGCGACAAGUACUGGGGCGCCCAGACCGAACGAUCCCUCGAGAACUUUCGCAUCAAUCAGCCUCAGGAUCGCAUGCCGCCCCCCAUCAUCAAGGCCUUUGGUAUCUUAAAGGGCGCUGCUGCCACCGUCAACAUGCGCUACGGUCUUGACCCCAAGAUUGGCCAGGCCAUUCAGCAGGCCGCCAAAGAGGUGGCCGAUGGCAAGCUCAUGGACCACUUCCCCCUCGUCGUCUGGCAGACCGGCUCCGGCACCCAGUCCAACAUGAACGCCAACGAGGUCAUCUCCAACCGCGCCAUUGAGAUUCUCGGCGGCAAAAUGGGCAGCAAGUCGCCUGUUCACCCCAACGACCACGUCAACCGCAGCGCCUCCUCCAACGACACCUUCCCCACCGUCAUGCACAUUGCCGCCGUCCUCGACCUCGAAGGCGAGCUCCUUCCCGCCCUGCGCAGCCUUCGCGCCGCCCUUCAAGCCAAGGUCGACGCCUUUGACACCCGCGGUAUCAUCAAGAUUGGCCGCACUCAUCUGCAAGACGCGACGCCUCUGACCCUCGCCCAAGAGUUCUCUGGCUACGUCGCUCAGCUCGACUUUGGCAUCAAGCGCGUCGAGGCUUCUUUGACCGACCUCCGUCUGCUCGCGCAGGGCGGCACUGCCGUCGGCACCGGCAUCAAUACCUUCAAGGGCUUCGCCGAGGCCAUUGCCGAGGAGGUGUCCAACAUGACCGGCACCGAGUUCAAGACGGCCCCCAACAAGUUCGAGGCCCUCGCCGCCCACGACGCCAUUGUCCAGGCUCACGGCAGCCUCAACACCCUCGCCACCUCCCUCACCAAGAUUGCUCAGGACAUUCGCUACCUCGGCAGCGGUCCUCGCUGCGGUCUCGGCGAGCUCAUCCUGCCCGAGAACGAGCCCGGUAGCAGUAUCAUGCCCGGCAAGGUCAACCCCACCCAGUGCGAGGCCCUCACCAUGGUUUGCGCUCAGGUCAUGGGCAAUAACGUCGCCACCACCAUUGGCGGCAUGAACGGCCAGUUUGAGCUCAACGUCUACAAGCCCCUCAUCAUCCGCAAUCUCCUCCACAGCUCUCGCAUCCUUGCGGACGGCAUGCGCUCGUUUGAGAAAAACCUGGUCGCUGGCCUCCAGGCCAACGAGGCCAAGAUUGCCAGCAUUAUGAAGGAGUCUCUCAUGCUUGUCACUUGCCUCAACCCCAAGAUUGGCUACGACAUGGCCAGCAAGGUAGCCAAGAAUGCGCACAAGAAGGGCCUCACCCUGAAGGAGAGCGCCAUGGAACUCCAAGCCUUGACCUCGGAAGAGUUUGACACGCUUGUUAAGCCCGAACUCAUGGUCGUUCCCAGCGAGUACAAGCAGUAG